GUGAAUCACGCGGUCCUUGCCUCCUUGCAAGUUGAAAUUUUGAAAAUUUGAAACAUACAUGGUUGAAACCUCUCGUAGCUCCGGAUUUAUCACUUUUUUCAAUUUCCCUUUAAAAAAGUAAAUAUCUUACUACUCUUGGGUAUCUUCAAUAACUCCAACCAGCUCGAUCCCGGCCAACCACUGCAUGAAUUGAAGCAACAUGUGUAAUGUGACCAAGAAGAACUUUACAGAGUGCUUAUCGAACAUCAAGGAUGAAUUGAAAACUGCCACCUUUGUCGCAAUUGAUUCAGAGUUUAGUGGGUUAUUAUCAGACGCCGAGUUCAAGAGUAGUCUAUUUGACUCAGGUGAUGAUAGGUACUUGAAACUUAAAUCAUGCCUUCAGCAAGUUAUCAUGAUGGAAGUUGGUCUCUCAAUAUUCAAGUAUGAUCGAGAUACACAUGCGUUCAAAGCUUCGGUGUACAAUUUCUAUGUUUUUCCACAACCAUUCGGAUCCAUUGAUAUACGGUUUCUCUUUCAAGCCUCCUCGGUGCAGUUUUUGUGUCUACACGGAUUUGAUUUCAAUAAGGUGAUGUACGAAGGUAUUCCAUAUUUGAAUGUAAAGCAAGAAAUUCAAAUUCGAGAAGAAAUCCAGAAAGGUUCGUUGUUCCGUCAUCUAGAAAGGAAUAUUUCAAUGGAAACUGAGAGAAUUCUGCAAAAUGAAUGCAGCAAAGUUGCUGAAUGGGCCUCCACCUCUAUUGUUGGAGACGAUUUACUCCUUAAAGUCUAUUGGCUGGGAGAAGAACCAAAACUUAUGAAUUUUAUACUUCAUCAGGAAAUUCGAAGAAGAUUUCAUAACUUAUGGACAUACACUGCUCCUGAAGAACAGGUCCGUGUCGUUAGAAUCACUGAGAGCCAGCACAAGGAUUUGGUCAAGAAAGGUGUUUCGAAAGACCUAGAAGAUUCUGUGAUAGAUGCACUCGUAGGUUUUUCAAAAAUUGUGAAGCUCCUAAUGGAAUUUAAAAAGCCCAUUGUGGGUCACAAUUUACUUUUGGAUUUGUUAAUCCUGCAUAACCAGUUUUACCUACCUUUACCAAAAACGUACAAAGAAUUCAAAGCCAGUAUACGUUUGUUGUUUCCUCAAGUUUAUGAUACAAAAUUUUUGAGCUUCGAGCUGAAACGGCUGUUGAAAAAAGAAGAUGCAUGGACUGUAAACACUUUGCAAGAGCUGUAUAAUUAUUUCAAGAAAGGGAAAGGCACCUGUAUGGUCAUAUACUCACCAUCCAUUAACUUCACUGAUGACAUUGAUGAGAGCUGUAUAAAAUACCAUGAGGCUGGUUGGGAUUCUUUUGUGACAGGGUACUGUUUUGUCAAAAUCGCAAACAUGUUUGCUGUUUAUAAGGAGAACAAAUUUUUUCAAGCCUCACGAAUGUUGACCUGCACUGAAAUAUUUAACGCAAUCAAACACAUGCGAGGAAGAGUAAAUUUAAUUCGAGCAAACAUUUCCAACUUGAAUCUGGAGGGUGAUGAUCCACUUUCAACCAGACCAGAACUUCUAUAUGUGGCUUCUAGAAAUUUUUCUUGUCCUAUCGAUUUAAACAAGGUUACAGAGUUAUUUGCAAGGUAUGGUUCUGUUGAUGUGAAACCGUAUUCAAGUGGGUCAGCAUUGGUUGCUGUAUCAACGCAUGGAUGUGCACAAGAUAUCCUAAGGGACUUCAAAAACAGCAAGCACCUUAAGGUGUCAUCUUUUAAUAGGUUUAAGCAUUCGCCAAUAGCCAAGGCAGCUGUGUGGACUGGAGUAUUAGCCAUGACUAGUCUUUGCUCUUGGCUAACAUACAAACAUGUUUUAAAGAAAUGAUGGUUCAUCCCGAUAUCAAUCUUUCCUAGCCUCUUCGAUUUUGCUUUUGAAUCUUCUGAUUUUCAUCAUGCAGAGCACAAAAUCUAUUGUUAAACUUGUUUCUACCAUUUUUUAUUGGUUGCAUUGUUAACAUCAAUCUAUACAAGAUUUCUUUGACUUUGGAAGAGUGCAGUUUCAAAUCCAGGAGCAUUUCAGAAAGAUUUUGGCCCCUAGAAUGGGCAUAACAUUUGUCGUGCUUGUGACCACCAGGAAAACAUACUGUCAGCUACUCAAGUAGUUUGAUCUUUGCUAAUUAAAAUUUAGCGCAUGAGCUCUAAUGGCUGUGACGUAAAAUUUUCUAAUUCUGACAAAUUCAGUGGUAUUCUUAGGUUACUACAUAUAAGUUGUCUCUGUCUAAAUAUUAAGUUGUUAAAUGUCGUUGAUUACACUUACUGAGAUGUUAUAUUGAAGGUGAAACUGCAGAAACGCACAUGUCACUUUGCGAAGUAGCAAAUCUCUUGUUACAAUUUAUUUCUCAGAGGAAAAAUACUCGAUGUUACCUCUCAAAAACUUCCCAAAUUUUUUCUCCCUGGUUGAAGACUAUCCUGUGAAAAUUUCAAGUAAUAGUCUCAGUUAGCUCUACUAUGAUUAAAUAAAACGGGAACGGAGAUUUUGAAACACCACCAUUUUGAUACGCAUCUUUGCUGUUUCACAUCAAUGUGUAAAAAAUCAUGAAGAAACUCUCAUAAUUGUAGAUUUCUUCUGAGUGAUGAUUAGUGAUUGGGAGCCAGAGAAUUAGAGAAAGUUUAAUAGCUUGCGAAGAAUUCCUUAAAAUUGUUCGCCGCUCUUUACUCAAAGAGUGAUUCUCUAUCAACCCUACAAAUAUUUUGAUGAUAAGGCUCAGGUUAAGAAUAGCUGAUGUUGGGUAAGUUCCUCCAUGUAAUAGUAAGUUUUCAUCAAUAUGUUCUGAAAUAAUUUUAAGUUUUCCUUUUAUCUGUAAUAAUCUCAUUUGUGGAAGUAUGUUAAGAUUUCAAAACCCUUAUAUUUCUCUCAGGUUUCAACUUAUCUUUCAUCUCAUUCUCUUUGUAAACCUUGAUUGUUGAACCUUAUGAUCCCAAGAAUUCAGAGUUGAUUUCAAGGGUCCAGCCCCCCCCCCCCUUCCUUUCAUUGAGAGCCUUCUGCUAGAAAGCAGCAUCUUUGAAUGCCCGUUCAUUCUUAAACCUUUUUUUUGUGCCUUAUCCUCCCGAUCAUUUGUUCAUAUUCUUUUAUUUCUCAUCAAUUACUUAUAGUUUCUUAUAGGAAUUCACUCACCAUCCUCAGGAGGAACUGAUAAAGACUGAAAUCAAUUGUAUCUUUGAUAUUGUUUUUUACUUGAAGAAUAACGAUAUACUGCAGACCAAAAAACGAAUAAAAUUUUCACAGACUGAA